AUGAGUGGGAACCGCUCUCCAGACUAUAAGGCGCUUUUCUUCAAGGCAGAGGCGGAAAGGAAGCAGGCAGAGGAGGAAAAGAAGCAGGCAGAGGAGGAAAAGAAGCAGGCAGAGGAGGAAAAGAAGCAGGCAGAGGAAACGGCGAGACAACUGUUCCAUCUCAAUCGACCGACGACUUUCACAGAGCUUAUCCAACAUUGUCACGAUCUCUUUUGGAGGCCUCUCCGAGCACAAAUACCGUCUCGCUGUACAACAGGCAUAAUCCGCGCUCCUAUCGGAAAGUACUGUCCCCUACGACUGCUUCCGUGGACUGAUUGUGACGAUAGACAGCGGAGAAUUUACCAAUUUGUCUGCCGCUACCUGCAACCGACCGAAGGGGAUGCACGAGAGUUAUUUACUUCACUGGUUAGGUUAGAAGGGCGUCAACGAAUUACACGCCGACCGAUUAGCAGCGAAAAGGACCUCGAGAUCUACGAACGAGUCGCAGUUGAAGACGCUGUGCAAGAUAUUAUCGCUGAGUUGUGCAGAAUACCAGAGGCUUGUGAGGAGUUCCUGUUAGGUAGUGGAAUAUGGUUUGAAAAUCACGCCAACUCUCUGGAAGAUGAUGAAGUUACUGCCACACAACCAUCAACUACAAAACCUUCAAGGCCGGAUUCAUUUUGCAUCUAUCAAAUGGACGAUGACCGGCGUACCUUGCUCACUACAGUCGAGUACAAACCUCCCCACAAGCUCUCCGCCGCGAGCCUGCAGUUAGGGCUCCGACCGAUGGAUUUUUGGCGAGAAGUGGCCCAAGCUGAUUCUUUUCCGAUUGAGGAGCCAGAUAAAUCACGAUUUAAGGCCGAGUGGCUGGUCGGAUCAGUCAUCGUACAAGAAUUUCACGUGAUGAUUCAAGAGGGUCUGGAGUAUUCAUAUGUGACCAACGGCCUGAUGGACGUGCAGCUCUGGGUGCCCUACGAUGACCCGACGACCCUUUAUUACCACCUGGGCGAUCCCGGAAUAUACGAGAUGGCGGGUGUUGCAGCGCCUGGAACUCCCAGGACUCGAGUUGAGAGGACCCUGUGCCUUUGUUUGAUGAGUUCUCGUACUCGUCUUCUUCGUGACCAGGCGUGGCGUAAUGCGGCCCUCAUGAGGCUACCGAAAUGGUAUGCGAUCCUUGAUAGCGAUCGCCCUCAGAAUGAAGAAGUGGAAACACCACGGGACCCGGACGUGGACGAUGCUAACGGCAAACCCGCUACACCUGAGCAGUCAGGCUCUGAGUACAUCCCAACCCCGUCUCCCGUCAGGAGCGGCCGUCGAAUGAUCACUGAGACGACCGCCAGCUGCGCGCCACCAGCCGGUCCGCAUUACCACGAGGAGAAUUCUUCGGAUUCCGAGGCCGAUCCUACCGCAUCUGCAGGAAGGAAGCGGGGGUUCAGCCAGGUCACAACGUCCCCUUCAACCAGAGGAUCCGCACCGCGAGCAGAUCCCCAAGGGAACCGAAGAGGGCAACCUCCCCCCCACGAUGCGCUAUAUUGCACCCAAAAGUGUCUUCUCGGGCUACGGCAAGGCGGCACGCUCGACGCUACGUGUCCCAACACGAAGCUGCAUACGCUUGGUAGAAGGGUGGACCGCCAUCUGAUCGGUGCAGCUGAAUUAGUGAGAAGGCUCAAGAAGCAGCUUGAUCUGGAUCUGGAUCAUAACUGCACUCCUAUCGGCCCUUGUGGUGCCUCCGGCGCACCAUUCAAGAUUACAUGUGCCACCUACGGAUAUACUGUUGUCGGGAAGGGGACAACGUCGAAACACUGGGGAGAGGUCUCGCGCGAAGCCGAGGUCUACGGGGUCCUCCAGCGUGCCCAAGGAUCGGCCGUUCCCGUCUUUCUCGGGUCGAUCAACUUGGCCCUAACCUACUUCCUCCACGGCGCGGGAAGGAUCCGUCAUAUGCUUCUGAUGGGCUGGGGUGGCGAGAGCGUGGGUCAUACUAUAUUGGAUGGAACUACCCAGCGUGCGAUUUCCCGGUCAGUGAAGGAGAUCCGUCGUCUCGGGGUUGUCCACCUGGAUCUUCGCCCUGAAAACAUCUUGUGGAAUGCUGAGCUCCAGCGAGCUCUAAUUAUUGAUUUUCAUCUGUGCACCUUGAAUCGUCGACCGCUGGACAGACGGCCAAGUUCGGCCAAAAGAUCACAGCAUGGUCUUGAAGAUCAUCACUCCAAGCGGCUGCGUGUAUAG